AUGGAGCAAAACAAUUUCAGCGGCAAGAUUCCAGUCAUUGCAGAGCAAGGUGCAUUCAUCCCUCGAGUAGGCGAAGUAGUGUUGUUCUUAACAAAUGCUACGAAUGAAAAGAAGUAUUGGAAAGCCGGCCUCAUCACGCAAGUCCCCCAUAAAGAAACGGCACCGCUGACAAUCUCGGACAUAAGUCAGCCAGACACGAAUAACGACAUCAGCAUUAGCCACUCUGGUUUUCGCGUAGAAACCAUGUCAGAUCCGAAUUCACAGAGCAAACAUGAGCAGAUGCGGUGGGAGUAUUGCACGCUAUCGCGGCUUCGACCCUUGUGUUUGUACGAAGCAGUACUUUCGAAACAGCCACGAAGUGAUUGGGACGAGUCCAUUGCUAACGCACUUAAGAUUAUGGCUACUUUCUCCCUGGCGUUGCCUCUGAGGUUCACAGGCACUUGGCCCAACGCAAGCAUCUCGCAUGGGGGUAUCUUUGUUGGCUCAGAACUUGUUGUAGUAGGUGACGUUAUCAGAUUGAUCUCAUCCGGAGUUACCGCGAACGGGACUGUACUCGUCGUUACCGCGAUCAUCCUCUAUUUCAAUGAUCUUCAGACAGACCCACCCAAUCAUGAUAGCGUCUCGGGGGACAGUUGUCAGCGGAUAGCGGUCAGGCUUCUUGGGAAGCUUUACUCUCAGACGAGGAACGAAGAAGACAAAGAAGUCCCUGAUGACAUAUCCUUGCCUCGGUCUAUGCAUGGCUAUACCAGUCAAGGCGCAUGGCACAUUGUAGGUGACCCCGCAAAGUCUUAUUCGAUCUCACCUUCUUUCAUUCUCGGUCGAUUAUACGAAGCCGAGGCCCUCGAACAUUAUGACCUGCGAUCAGGCGGCGGCGGCGAAGAGAUCAAUUUCAAUCCGUCCGGAAUCAAUGAGGCCAGAGCUUACGCUCGCGGCCACGACGAACGUAUCCGGGACUUCAAUCGGGACGCGAAGGGUGGACAGAAGGUAUGCAAAUGGUUAUGGGCGAACGACCGGGUAGAAGCACUGGGGUUGCAUACAUUUGGCGAUUUUGAUGUGGGUGAAGAAUGGGAAGAAAUUUUGGAGAAGGAGAAGAUGGCUUACGAAGGAUAG